CCCGCGCCCCGCCGGUGACCAUGCGCUGCGCGGCCGCCGCGUCACCCCCACCAGCUCCUCCUCCCCGACCAUGCCCGCCCUCGCCGCGUCCACCUCCUCCCUCCCCGCCGCCCCGCCGCGCGGCGGCGCCGACGGCUCCCCCGCCGCCACCGCGCGCUCCUCCCUCAACCUCCUCCGCUCCCUCGCGCGCGCCCGCCGCGCGGACCUCUCCCACCGCGCGCUGCUCCUCUUCCGCACGCUCCACUCCUCCCCCUCCGGCCCCGCGGCCCCGCCGCACUUCUCCCUCCCCGCCGCGCUCUCCGCGGCCGCCUUCCUCGCCGCGCUCCCGGAGGGCCGCCAGCUCCACGCGCUCGCCGCCAAGCUCGCCCUGGCCCCCGCCCACACCGUCGUCGCCAACUCCCUCGUCCACCUCUACGCCUCCUGCGGCCUCCCCGGCGAGGCCGUCGCGCUCUUCCGUCGGAUCCCGCGCCGGACCCUCGUGUCGUGGAACACCGCCGUCGACGCGCUGGCGGGCAACGGGGACCACCUUGCGGCGCUGGACCUGUUCCGGGAGAUGCAGCGGGAGGGCAGGACGGACCUGGCGCCCGACGCCUACACCGUGCAGAGCGUGCUCGGCGCCUGCGCGGGCGCCGGCGCGCUCUCGCUCGGGCUCUACGCGCACGCGCUCCUGCUCCGCGAGCUCGGCGCCGCCGCCACGGGCGCGCCCGUGUCCCGCGACGCGCUCAUCAACAACUCCCUCGUCGACCUCUACGGCAAGUGCGGGGCGGUGGACCUCGCGCGGCAGGUGUUCGACCGGAUGCCCGCGCGGGACCUCGCGUCCUGGAACGCCAUGGUCCUCGCGCUCGCCAACCACGGCCGCGUCCGGGACUCGCUGGACCUGUUCGACCGCAUGACGCGGGCGGAGAACGUCGCGCCGAACGCGAUCACGUUCGUCGCGGUGCUGAGCGCGUGCAACCACGGCGGGCUGGUGGAGGAAGGCAGGAGGUACUUUGCUGCCAUGGUCAGCGAGUACGGGAUCAGGCCGAGGAUUGAGCACUAUGGGUGCAUGGUGGACAUCCUCGCACGAGCGGGGCUCAUCGAAGAGGCUCUUGACGUUGUGGCCGGGAUGGACUGCCGCCCCGACUCCAUCAUCUGGAGGAGCCUGCUCGACGCGUGCUGCAAGAGGAAUGCUGGGCUUGAGCUCAGUGAGGCCAUGGCCAAGAUGGCGCUCGAUGUCCCUGAUGAUGCUGUGAGCGGUGUCUAUGUCCUGCUCUCGAGGGUCUACGCCUCCGCGCAGAGGUGGAAUGACGUGGGCAUGAUCCGGCGGCUGAUGAGUGAAGAGGGUUUCAAGAAGGAACCAGGGUUCAGCUCCAUUGAAAUGGAUGGCUCGGUGCACCAGUUUGUCGCAGGUGACACUUCACAUCCUCAGUCAGAAGAGAUCUACGAGAAGCUGGAUGAGAUUCAACAGAGGCUCACGUCUGCUGGAUACAAGCCGGACCUGUCAGAGGCGCCUAUGGUUGCUGACGCUGACCGCACCAAGGGCGCCACCCUGCGUUUGCACAGCGAACGGCUAGCCAUAUCGUUUGGCCUUCUCAAUGCAACACAUGGGGCACCAAUUCGAAUUCUGAAGAAUCUUAGAGUGUGCAAAGAUUGCCACACGAUCAGCAAGCUUAUAUCAAAGAUCUACGAUGUGGAGAUCAUCGUGAGGGAUCGAAUUCGGUUUCACCACUUCAAGGAUGGAUCAUGUUCGUGCAAGGAUUACUGGUGAUUCUUGAGACAUGAUUACCUGUGAUGCUGUCUUGAAAGAUCCUGCUGCUGUUCCAUUCGACGCGCCUCUGCAGGCACCCAAGAGGACGUGAAUGCCAUGCCCAAAGAUCAUGAUUACAAAGAUCACCUGGAGAUCACUGACAGGUGGCUGUUUAGCGUGUUGAGUUAGAUGAUUCUGUUCACCAUGUUUGUCUCUAGUGAGAUACUGACCUGGAGCUGGAUCUAUUGGCGUCCACUGUCUGGUUAUAUAUUGACAGCAUGAGGUGAUAGUUCACAAAUCACAACAGAAGGUAAAUACUGUCUGGAAGUAAAAAGGAGAAAUGGAAAAUCCAUUGUAAGAUAAGAGUGAUUAUGAACCAAUUUGUACGCUCAUUUGAUCAGUUUUCUUUGAUGGAACAUAGCACUUGUAUUAAAUGCAUUUCAAUGGAAUAAUUCUUCACAUGCCAUCCAAA